CGAAGAUCGGGGUCCCUCUCCCGUAUCCCAUGCUCCAUCUCCACACCUCCACGAAACCUUCCCCAAAUUUGAGCAUGUUCCGUCAGAAAGUAGCAGCUUGAUACGAUGGUCAGAAAAUAGUUCUUCGGUCCACUCCUCAGUAAUUGACCCGAUCGUCGGGCAUCAGCGGUCCAUGACUCCAUGGGAACGACUUCAAUUAUCGUCGGCUUAGAGACGGGUAAUUGGAUCUUUCCGUCUCCGCUUGAGUCGAACGUCCUUAAAAACUGAACUUGAACUGCUGUCUUGAUCCUCCACAACUCACUUCAGGUACGAGCUCAUUCAUCAAUCACCCAGCAAGGAGUCAAUAGAGAAAGAUCACAAAGAUGUCGAAACCCACCAUCCUACUUGUCCCAGGCUCCUUCGCCCUCCCAGAGUUCUACAAUGAAAUGUUCGACAAGAUCCGUGCAAAAGGGUAUGAUAUCCAAGGUAUUCAUAAACCCACUGUCGGCCUGUCCGCGGGUCAAGGUCGUCCAGGUCCAGCGCCAUCAAUGUAUGACGACGCAGCACAUAUCGCCAAAGAAGUCGAGAAAGUCGCCGACACAGGCAAAGAUGUCGUCCUUAUCGGCCAUUCGUAUGGCGGUGUGCCCGUUACGGAGGCCGUGAAGGGAUUGCCGAGGAAGGAACGGGAAGCACAGGGCAAGAAAGGUGGUUUGGUCAACUUGGCUUACAUGACUUGCUUGGUUCCUGCUGUGGGAUCGUCGGCGGCGGAUGUCUUGUCGAAAGUGCCUGAUGACUUUAAGACUCCUUUCGCGAUUGGUGAAGACGGCUGGAUGUCCCACGUCAGCGCCGAAACCACCGGGGCGAUCAUCAUGCAGACUGUACCGCUCGAGGUUGCCGCUGGCUGGGUGAGAAAAAUGCCCAACCAUUCAGCAAGGAGUUUCGCAGAUCCUCUGACGUACCCGGGUUACCGCGACGUGCCUGUAUCUUACCUCUUCUGUGAGAUUGACCAGUGCAUACCGCCAGGAGUUCAACAGGAGGGUAUCGACAUAAUUGAGAAAGAAUCUGGUAACAAAGUCCAUGUGACUAGGAUUCAUGCUGAUCAUUGUCCUAAUUUCACGGCGAUGGAUGAGACGGUGGACUGGAUUGUGGAUAUUGCUGAGCGCGUCCAGAAACAGUAGAUCUGGGAUAAAAUGAAGAGUAGAACAAUAGUCGGGGUCC